CUUAAAUUUUUAUUUAUUGACAUUUUUUUAGCAUAUUUAAUAAUUUGGCUUUCUUAACUGUUAUAACUUAUAAUGUUAUUACAGUCAGAAAAAGUUCUUGCUAUGAGUCAAAUAAAGGGAGAAUUUCAACGGCAAAAACGACUGGAAAAUAUUAUGAGUGCAAAUAAAAAACUCAAAGAUACAAACAUUGCAAUUCCAGUUGUUAAAGAACAGCAAAAUGACGACCAAUUUAAUGUAUCCGAUAAUGAUGAUGAUUUUUUAAAUCAAUCUUCUGAAGAUUCGGAACAAGAUAUUGAAUCACCUCGUGAAUGGAGAAAUUUAAUUAAUGAAUGGAUUGAAAUGGUAGAAGAUGAGGAAUCAGAAAUUCUAAAUCAGAAGGAUAAAGAAAAUGGUGAGAUAGCACCACUUAUUGGUCGCACUAUGGAUUUAGACGAGAUUUUACAAAAGAAACAUCCACUUAUCAGUAAAAGAGCCAAGUGGAAGUUAGAUGAUAUUUUUGAUUUUGAAAAAAUUCAGCCUCCUACAUAUUUG